AUGUUACAUCCACAAACAAUUCAAUUACAACAACAACAUCAUCCUCAAUCCCCAAAUUCUCAAUCUCCCUUGUCACAUCAAAUACAAUCUUUACCACCACCAUCAUCUCCUCGUUCACAACAACAACCACCUCAAUCUCCUUUGUCACAUCAAUUACAAUCUUUACCACCAUUAUCUCCUCGUUCACAACCACCAUCACAACCACCUCAAACCCAACCUCCUAUUACUACUAAUCCAAGUGGACUUCCUUCCCCUCGUCUUAAUUUAAUUAAUUUAAAUAAGACACCGGGAGUAAGAACUACUUUAAUGCCUCAUUUAAUUCAAAAUGUUAAUACAAAUUUACCAGAAACUCCAGUAUCUUUGUCAUUACCUGAAUCCGAUGAUGGUGAUAAACAACUUUUAUCAAAACGUAAAAUUCAACAAUUGGUGGAUCAAAUCGAUCCAAAAGAAAGAUUAGAACCGGAAGUGGAAGAAGUAACAGAUGAAUUUAUCUCUUCGGUUAGUUCAUUCGCAUGUCUUUUGGCUAAACAUAGAAAAUCUGAUACUUUGGAAGUGAAAGAUCUUCAACUUCAUUUAGAACGUAAUUGGAAUAUUCGUAUUCCUGGAUUUGCUUCAGAUGAAAUUCGUUCAGUGAAAAAGGCAGUUGUUUCUAGUUCUCAUCAACAAAAACUUUUGGCAGUGAAUUCAGCAAAAGCCAAUAAAGUGGCAACGACAGUAACUUCUACUUCACAAUCAUCUUUAGGAAAUUGA